AUGGGGAAGCUAAAUCGACUCGAACUUUUCAAUUUCAAGUCUUACAAAGGGCACCACACCCUUCUGUUUGGCGAUUCGUAUUUCACUUCGAUCAUCGGACCCAAUGGCUCUGGAAAAUCUAAUUCCAUGGAUGCCAUCUCGUUCGUUCUCGGCAUAAAGUCGUCCCACCUUCGUUCUGCACACCUCAAAGACUUGGUCUACCGAGGACGAGUACUAAAGACAUCCAAGAUCAACGACGACGGUUCUGUCGCAACGAAUGGAGCAGCGCAAGCAGGCGAUGACAAAGCCUCACGCGGCGACCCCAAAACUGCAUGGGUCAUGGCUGUGUAUGAAGAUGAUAGUGGCGAAGAACACAGAUGGAAACGCUCCAUCACAAAUCAAGGCGCUAGUGAAUAUCGCAUCAAUGACAGAAGCGUUACUGCACAGCAGUACAAUGCGGCCCUGGAAAGCGAAAACAUUCUCAUUAAAGCAAGGAAUUUUCUUGUUUUCCAAGGAGAUGUGGAGGCAAUUGCGUCUCAAUCCCCCCAGGAUCUUACACGCUUGAUUGAGCACAUCUCUGGCAGUCUGGAAUACAAGCAAGAAUACGAAACUCUCCAAGCCGCUGCUGAGCAGGCCGUGGAGAAUCAGAACUUCCAACUCCACAGACGACGAGGUAUAAAUUCCGAAAUCAAGCAAUACCGUGAACAAAAGAAAGAGGCCGACAACUUCCAAAAGAAGAUGGACGAGAAAGAUGCUGCCAUUGUAACGCAAUGUCUCUGGAAGCUGUUUCAUUUCCAGAAAGCUAUGGAUGAAUCGAGUGCUGCCAUCCAUAGUCACCACGAGGAUCUGAAAGAAUUGCGACGUAAUGUCGAAUCCUACGAAGGACAACUCGAAGCUGCGCGCCGAGAACAAAUAUCAGUCUCGCGACGCGUUGGCCGAGUGGACCGAGAAAUCCGACAAAAAGAGCGGUCGAUCGAAGAUGGUGAAAAUGCGCUGGUGCCCUUCGAGGAGAAAAUCAAUGAGUCGUCGCAGCAAGUUGAUCGGCUGCAGUCACAAAGCCAGAAAGUUGCGAAAGAGCGAGAUGAGCAAGCGGAUAUCGUACAAAAGGUGCAGGAUGACAUUGAGAGUGUCAACAAAGCUCAAUCCAUUUUCGAGAAAGACAUCCAAGAACAGAUGCAAAAGCAAGGCGUGGCAAUCAGUGACUCUGAUCGCAAAGAGUACAACACGCUUCGCAGCGAAGUUAUCGCUCGCUCAGGUGCAGAUCACACCAAGCUGGAAAACCUAGAGAGGCAACGCAAGGCCGACGAAGUGACGGUCAGCAAUCUGAAAGGCAAGGUUGACAGCAUCAUGGCAGCCAUUUCUAAAACAGAAUCUGAGCUCAGCAGCGUAGGGGAAAGGAAAGAUGCCGUUGAGUCUGUAGCCAAGGACCUCUCUAAUGAAAUUGCCGCCAAGAAGAAAGAAUUCAACCAGCUGCAGUCUGAGCGUGUUCGCACCAAUCAAAAAAGGACGGAGCUCGAAGAAAAGCUGGAGGAUGUCGCCAAAAAGCUGCGAGAGGCUGACGAUGGCCGUCGCCAGAAUGAUCGUGAGGCGCGUUUGAAAGACAUGGUUGCAUCUUUGAGACGCAUCUUCCCGGGAGUGCGAGGCAGAAUUGGCGAUUUGUGCACUCCGAAGCAAAAGAAAUACGAUGAAGCCAUUAUCGUGGCCCUGGGAAGGGACUUUGACUCGGUGGUAGUUGACACAGAAAAGACUGGCGUUGACUGUGUUCAGUACUUGAAGGAACAACGGUUCGCGCCAAUGACGUUCAUUCCCUUGGACAAUAUCAAGGUCAACGCUGUCAACACAUCUGUCAAGGGCAUUACUGGAGCCAGACUUACCAUCGACACUAUCAAUUUCGACUCUUCCGUCGAACGUGCGUUGUCGUACGCAUGCGGAAGUUCCGUGGUGUGCGAGACCCUCGACAUCGCGAAACACAUUUGCUACGAGAAAAAAAUCCCCGUCAAGGCGGUCACCCUAGAGGGCUAUGUUAUUCACAAAGCUGGUCUUAUGACUGGUGGUCGUGGGCCGGAACCCAAGGGGGCUAAGCGAAAAUUUGAAGAGGCAGAUGUUCAAAACCUUCAAAGAAUGGCUGCAAAGCUAAAAGAAGAGAUUGAUCGCCUUCCGAGAGCCGAUCGACGCGGCAGCAAAGAGGAAACACUGCAAAUUGAGCUUGGUGGCCUGGAGCGCCGUGUUAAAGCUACCAAGGAUGAACUUAUUGUCUUCCAAGAAAAUUUCUCUAGCAAGAAGCGAGAGCUAGAGAAUCAGAAGAAACAGCUCCGGGAGAUACAGCCAAAAUACAAGGAACAAGCGAAACAAUUCGAAAGCACGACGUCUACUGUACAGCAGUUCCAGAAUGCCAUCGGCAAGGUCGAAGACGAAAUCUUCUCUGGCUUCUGUAAGCGACUCGGAUAUAGCGACAUUCGUGCAUUCGAUGCAUCUCAAGGAAAACUUGAGCAAGAAGUUUCUGAGAAGAGAAAUCAAUAUGAAGUCCAGAAACAGCGUCUUGAAAGCCGCCUGAAGUGGGAGGUAGCCCGACACGGUGAUACCGAGGCUCGUAUUAGGAGAAUGCAGGAGCAGAUCAAGCGCUUGAAGCAAGAUAUCAAGGGCUACACCAAAGAGAAGGCGGAUAUUGAAACGGAACUGCGCGAGGAACAAGACGAGCUUGAGGCUCUCAGGGAGACCUUGGAGGAACAUCAAGCCGACCUUGCAGAGAAGAGCGAGCGCGUCAAUGAGGCCAAGGCUGAAGUACAGCAACGUGGCAAGGACAUCGAGGCCUUGAACAAGAGCAUCAACGCUUUGGAAACAACGUUGCAGAAGAAUAGUGCUGGAAAGUCUGGGCUGCUUCGCAGGUGCCGCCUAGAGCAAAUCCAGAUCCCCCUAGCCGAGGGUGCGCUAGACAAUUUGCCCAGUGAAGAUGACCUGCUGCGUCAAGACCCAGAUGCCAUGGAUGUCGAUGCUGAGGGCGAAGAAAUGGUUGAUCUAGCGCUGGAUGACCAUGGCAUCGAAAUCAAUUUUGACGGAUUGGACGAUGAUCUGAAGGAAUCCGAUGACCCUACCGUGGACGAUUCUCUUACAGAACGCAUCGCAACUCUGACAUCUGAGUUGGAAAAGUUGAACCCGAACAUGCGUGCUAUGGAACGACUUGAGAGUGUUGAGUCUCGCCUAAAGCAAACCGAUCAAGAAUACGAGGACUCCAAAACGGCUGCUCAAGAGGCGAAGGAAGCUUUUGGCAAUAUUAAGCAGAAACGAUACGAAAUCUUCAACAACGCAUUUACACACAUCCAGGAGCAGAUCUCGCACGUCUACAAAGAUCUGACCCGCUCGGAUGCCUACCCCCUCGGUGGCCAGGCCUAUCUAGAUAUUGAAGAAGACACAGACAUGCCGUACUUGUCUGGCAUCAAGUACCAUGCAAUGCCUCCCUUGAAAAGAUUCCGCGACAUGGAACACCUUUCUGGUGGCGAGAAGACCAUGGCAGCUCUCGCGCUUCUCUUCGCUAUCCAUAGCUACCAGCCCAGCCCGUUCUUCGUUCUUGAUGAGGUCGAUGCAGCAUUGGAUAAUGCGAAUGUGGACAAGAUCAAAAAAUACAUCCGCGAGCAUGCUGGCCCCGGCAUGCAGUUUAUUGUCAUCAGUUUGAAGACAGGACUGUUCCAGGAUAGUGAGAGUUUGGUCGGAGUCUAUCGAGACCAAGAAGUCAACAGUUCGAGAACAUUGACAUUGGAUCUGAGGAAGUAUGCGUAA